AUGAGCUUUGCGCCCUACCAAGUCGUAGGAGACGGGAGCCAAGAACAAGCCCAGGAGCAUACUUUCUUAGAACAUGAUCGCAUAUCUGCUUCAAGGCAACGCAGCAAGCGAGGAGAUGCUUCCGGUUUGGAGGAUGAAGAAGAACAACAGCGACCUACUAGCACCACGAGAAGUGCAUCGGUUUUUCAAGACGUUACUGGAGGCGAAGGACUCUUUGCCCUACCUGUGGGAGUGAAGCACUAUUCUUUAAUCCAGGAUGAACCUGAGAUGUUGACUGGUGGCGCUGGUGAUUUUACAACUUGUUCUAAGACGAGUACUUCUGAUCCUAAUGGAGGUAAGUCUUCUAAGCGGAAAAGCAAUAGCAAAAAAGCAGCAGGAGUGAAAAUCCAUC